UUGGCGAAGAUCUGAGAACAGGGUAAUGUUGAGAACUGUAGUCUAGUUACGGGGGUGUUUCUUUAUGGUCACUUUUCUUAGUUGUCUUACCGAAGUUUGUUUAAAGUACCAAAUUACAAAUGCCGUCUGAUGAGCGGAAACCUCUUGUUAGUCAUGAUUAUGGUGGAGAUCUGGCUGCUAAUAUUGCCCAAGAAGUUGAUGAAGUUUCCCCACCUUAUGGAUCCACAAAUGACACAAGCUCAUGGACAACAGGAGCAGCACAGUUAAAUGGAAACCCUAUGGUUACUUGUAGAGUGUGCCAAGCUCUCAUUGACAUCUCUGGCAAAAAAGACCAGCAUGUUGUUAAGUGUGCUGAAUGUCAUGAAGCAACACCAAUAAAAAAUGCCCCACCUGGGAAGAAAUAUGUGAGGUGUCCUUGCAACUGCCUCUUGAUAUGCAAAGCUACAUCUCAACGAAUUGCUUGCCCUAGACCUAGUUGCAAGAGGAUCAUCAAUCUGACAACAAACCCUACUAACCCUUCAGUUCCAUCUGUUCCUGGAAUGUGUCGUGUCACAUGUGCUCAUUGUCAUGACACUUUUCUGUUCAACACCCUGACAAAUGCUUUAGCCAGAUGCCCUCAUUGCAGAAGAGUAUCAUCUGUUGGGCCGGAUUUUGCCAGGAAGAGGGCAACUAUUUUCUUGGUUUUAAGCAUGGUUUUUAUCGCCGUUGGUGUUGGAGUAACGUGGGGUACUUAUCAUAUAGCGGUUUCCAAAGGAGGAAUGUACGUGGUAUACGUGGGUGCAUUUCUCAUUGCCUUGAUCUUAUUUAUUCGAAGCAUCUACUAUUGGACGAUGAAAGUCAGUGUGAUAGAAGGUCCAAUGUAGUUAGCUGGGUUUCCUUCAAUUUAGUCUUGCUAUGGCGGUUGUCUACCUUUUUUCUUGUAUCUUGCUUUUCAUAAUUAUGUAGAAAUAUGUUUAUUCAUGAUGAUAGUUAAGUGGCAUAUGCACAUCCCUUAAUCGAAGAACGGUAAAGGCAAACAAAAUGUGAACGUUUCACCUUAAGAUUUAAAGGACAUUCCGCGUUUGCAUUGGUGUUUUACCUUCAAUUAAGCGUCUCCACUACUAUACUCUUCCAAAAUUUAUCCUUAACCGGAACUUGAUUAUUCAUCGCCCUCCAUCUCAACGUCUUUUUUUACGAAGCGAUCGGUCGAAAAAAAUUUGCUUUUCUACUCGGAACUCCUGAGGUAUCUAUUAUAACAGUCACAUUAUGAUAGAAACGAUAUUAAUCUAUGAAACAGGCCUUAUAUAAUUAAGCGGGCCAGAGUUAAAAUUGAGAAACUUAUUGGGAUCCGUGUAACCAGUCGGUUCAUUUAUCUCCUAAACCAUGUAGCCGUUCUCAUUGAAACCUAAAAUGUCGUCAUUCGCUCAUUCGAAUGUGCCCCAUUCAGUGAUUUUUGGUUUAUUCUAGUUAUCUAAAGAAUUUAUUGAUGUGCGUAAACUCCCUGCGGUAGUUCCGAACAGUCGGAGUGAUGGGAGGCUUCAACGUUUCCAUCUACCACUGUUCCAUGAUUGGUUAAACUAUAUGUUGUUUUGAAUAAAUACGCAUAGAUUCUUA